AGAGCUUCUCUGACUGAGGUUUCCGAAUUCCGUCGCCAAAGUUCUGCUGUUUUGGAAAACUCCCUGACGACAACUGCUCCUCGUCUUCUAGGUAUCGAGGAGUUGGUGAUUUGAAGAUGGCGAAACAAGCUCUCGCCUGGCGAGCAGUCUAUUUCUCCUGUUUCGUGCUGCUUGCGUGCUGCGGUUCGGAUGUUCCUUCCCCGCACAAUCAAGAACAGGUAUCCACAACCCAUAGCGAUGUCCUCGAGAAUUCGAAGAAGAAUUCGACGACAAACACAAGUACAGAGCAUUCAGUUAUAAAAUCUCCUAUACUCCGAAGUAGAAGGAACACAAAUUUGGACAAUAAAAACAUUUUUAAUCAAGAAGGAAACAGGGCGCUUCGAUCUGUUUUUAAAUAUAAUGAUCAAAUAAUGAGGAAUCUUUUGCAAAAUCAUUCACCAAAAUCUCUCAACUACGCAAGGUCUAAUUUCUUUCUUAACUUACUAAAGCCCUUAGACAGACGAACAACACGAUACAGUAACUGGGAUGACCAUUCGGUUAUGCAUUUCGGAAAGAGGUCUGUGGAUGCCGAAGAAGCUCCACCCGUCAUAGAUAAAGAAGUAAAACUUCCCGAAAAAUCGGAAUCACCUAUAACAACACCAGAAUUAAGUGAAGAGAGCACGGAUUUCGAUAAAAGAUCAUAUCCUUGGUCUGACCACAACGUCAUGCACUUUGGAAAGAGAUCUGAAGAUGAUUCAAGCCCUGAAAACAUCAACAGCGAAGAAAAAUCAAAUAAUAAUGCAGAUGACGAAGAAACUUGGAAUAAUAUUCAAGACAUUGAUAAGAAAUCCGAAAAUCAUUGGAGUGAUCACAACACUAUGCAUUUUGGUAAACGACCCGAUGACCCUUGGCAUAGUAUGAUGAGUUUUGGAAAAAGAGGAGAGAAUCCUUUCGAUGAUCACAAUACAAUGCAUUUUGGAAAAAGAGAUGAUGAUCCUUGGCAUAGUAUGAUGAGCUUUGGAAAAAGAGAUGAUGAUCCUUGGCAUAGCAUGAUGAGCUUUGGAAAAAGAGGGGAACAUCCUUUUGAUGAUCACAACACAAUGCAUUUUGGUAAGAGAGAUGAUCCAUGGCACAGUAUGAUGAGUUUUGGAAAAAGAGGCGAAUAUCCUUUUGAUGAUCACAACACUAUGCAUUUUGGUAAACGACCUGAUGACCCUUGGCAUAGUAUGAUGAGUUUUGGAAAAAGAGGAGAGAAUCCUUUCGGUGAUCAUAAUACAAUGCAUUUUGGAAAAAGAGAUGACGAUCCUUGGCAUAGUAUGAUGAGCUUUGGAAAAAGAGGAGAAAACCCUUUUGGUGAUCACAAUACGAUGCACUUUGGAAAAAAGAAUGAUGACCCUUGGCAUAGUAUGAUGAGCUUUGGGAAAAGAGGAGGAAGUCCUUUCGGAGAUCACAGUACCAUGCAUUUUGGUAAAAGAGACGACGAUCCUUGGCAUAGUAUGAUGAGUUUCGGAAAAAGGGGAGAAAAUCCUUUUGGUGAUCACAAUACGAUGCAUUUUGGGAAAAGAGGAGAGAGUCCGUUUGACGACCACAACACGAUGCAUUUCGGGAAAAGGGAGGAUGACCCUUGGCAUAGUAUGAUGAGCUUUGGAAAAAGGGGAGAAAGCCCUUUUAAUGAUCACAGCACUAUGCAUUUUGGUAAAAGGGAAGAUGAUCCAUGGCAUAGUAUGAUGAGCUUUGGUAAAAGAGGAGAAAAUCCUUUUGGUGAUCAUAGUACUAUGCAUUUUGGUAAAAGAGAUGAUGAGCCUUGGCACAGUAUGAUGAGUUUUGGUAAAAAAUCGGAAAAUCCUUUUAAUGAUCACAGCACAAUGCAUUUUGGUAAAAGAGAUGAUGAUCCUUGGCAUAGCAUGAUGAGCUUUGGAAAAAAAUCUGAAGAUUCAUGGGAAAAUCAUAAUACUUUACACUUCGGAAAAAAGUCUGAUGAUGAACAAAACAUGAUGAAUUCAGAAAAACGCCCUGAGAAUUCUGUAAAUGACCAGAACAAAGCUUCGGAUGCAAAACAUAUCAAGAAGAGAUCAGUUCAUUCUAGCGAAUUCAAUGGCGCUGAUUCAGGAACACAUGACGGCGAAAAAAAUAAAAAUUUGAAAAGCAAACCUGGAACCCAUGCAAAACAGUUGAAGAAAAGAAAUGAUCCAUGGGAUAAUCAUAAUACACUACAUUUUGGAAAGAAGUCUAUGUGGUGGAUGAGUCCUGAUUUUGGUAAAAAGUUUGAUCCAUGGAAUACUCAUAAUACUAUGCAUUUUGGAAAGAAGGCUAAUUAUUGGGAUACACAUAAUACAAUGCAUUUUGGUAAAAGAUCGAAACUGAAGGAUUCUCAAAACGCGGCUAGCUCCUAUAAAAGUUCUAAAGAAAAAGACAAAACCGACAAAACUUCAAAUAUCUUCGAAUACAACAUGGAUGAUUUUAAUGGAAUGUUAGACGAUAAGAUUACGGAAGAUAGUUAUAAAUCAUACGAAAAUGAGGGUGGAGCACUUGUUGCCAAAAAUAAAGACACAUCUCUGAUAUCUCCUGGCCAUAUCUCAACAUCCAAAAUAGAAGGAACUGAAAAAGUCCUGGAAAAAAGAUCAACAGAUGAAAUGCAGAAAAGAUCAUUGAAGGGAAUGCAUUCCAAGGAAAUGCCGGCAAGAAUAUUUAAAGUCAUAAAUCCUCAAGAUUUAAGGAAAUUGGAAAAGUCAACUCCUAUAACAAAUGAAAUGAAUGAUGUCAAAACAGCGAAAACCAAAGCAGCAAACAACACUCUUGCAGUUAAUGGAACGAAAGACAAAGAUGGAAAAGAACUUCAUGUUGCGAAAAGAUCCAUAGAACAAAUGCCAAUGGAAAUGAGCGAAGAUAAACAAAAUGGUGGACAACUCUCAUCUCAAAAUCAUGAAAGUGAAAAUUCAGAAGAGGAUCCAUCGACUGACAUUAUUUUGAGAAUUGCAGAAAUUCCAGACGAGUUUCAGCUUGAUGAAAUGAGAAAAUUAGAUAAUGCUAUAGAUAAACAAGAUUCUCUCCAAGUAGGUAGCAAAUAUGAGCAUUUUUGGAAUACUCUAAGCAGAAUGAAUAACAACAAAAAAUUUGAUCCUUGGAGUUCACAUAACACUAUGCAUUUUGGAAAAAGGUUUGAUCCACUGGAAUUGCAUAAUACUAUGCAUUUUGGUAAAAAGAACGAUCCUUGGAAUUCUCAUAAUACUAUGCAUUUUGGUAAAAAGUCUGAUCCAUGGGAAUCACAUAACACGUUGCAUUUCGGCAAGCGAGCUGAUCCUUGGGAAUCUCAUAACACUUUGCAUUUUGGUAAAAAAGCUGAUCCAUGGGAAUCACAUAAUACGUUGCAUUUCGGCAAAAGAACUGAUCCGUGGGAUUUGCAUAAUACAAUGCAUUUUGGAAAGAAAGCUGAUCCUUGGGAGUCUCACAAUACCUUGCAUUUUGGAAAGAAGUCCGAUCCUUGGGAAUCACAUAAUACGUUGCAUUUUGGAAAAAAAUCAAACCCAUGGGAAGCACAUAAUACGUUGCAUUUUGGAAAGAAAUUUGAUCCCUGGGAUUCUCAUAACACGAUGCAUUUCGGGAAAAGAUCUGAUCUCUGGGAAUCUCAUAAUACAAUGCACUUCGGAAAAAGAUCGGACUCCUGGGAUUCACAUAAUACGAUGCAUUUCGGAAAAAAAUCAGAUCCAUGGGAAAAUCACAAUACUUUACAUUUUGGGAAAAAGUCUGAUCCAUGGGAAUUGCAUAAUACAAUGCAUUUUGGAAAAAAGUCUGAUCCAUGGGAAUUGCAUAAUACAAUGCAUUUUGGUAAAAAAUCAGAUCCGUGGGAUAAUCAUAACACUCUACAUUUUGGGAAAAAAUCCGACCCAUGGGAGAGUCACAAUACUCUUCAUUUUGGGAAAAGAGAUGAAGCUGGAUCAGACAUGUUAGUUUGGAUACCAGAAAAUGAAAAUGAAAUUGCAUACAAUAGCGAAAGUCCAAACUCAAAACAGCAACCACUGGAUUCAGAAAAUAAGUACCUCAGUUUAAAUGAUAAAAGAAGCAAUUUGGAUAAUUCCGAGAUCUUUGGAAAUUUCAAAAAUAUUUUAUCAUCUGAAGAAAAUCCAGGAAUUAUAUUCGAUGGAAUACAAGAAACAGAAUUCCCGCUAUCUGAUUUGACGCCUCUUUUCCAAUUAGAGAAUCAUAAUGGUUUAGGUAAGAAUGACAUGUUUUUUCUUAAAAAUUUACAAGCUCGUCUUUCUGGAGAUAUAAAUGCAAACGAUUUUUUAAGAAUGCUCGAUAAAAUUCAACAGAAUUCCGAACUUCCUGACGGUGAUGGAUUAUAUUUACUUGAAUCUCCUGGCAAUGGUUUUUCCAAUAACAACCUGAAGAUCAAACAGAAACUUCUAAAGAAUCCAGACACUAAACGCUAUUGGGCGGCACCUUUUCAAGGUCCAAAAUCAAUUGUAUAUCCUCAUGCUUGGUUGGCUUCACAAAUUCGAAGAUCCGUUAUUCCAAAAAGUAUUGAUUACCCUCGCAUUCAUGAGACAAGAACGGCAGAAAAGAAAGAAGAUCCUGUGAAUUCCUUUAUGCAUUUUGGUAGACGUUAAAAUUUUGGUUCAAGCCAAAUGUUUAUUCCUAAUAAUCAGACUAACAUAAAAAAAAAUGUAUAUUACCUAUUAUAGUAUGGGAAAAUGAUGAUUGGUCAAAUAUUUAAAAAUUAAAAUGGAAAUAAUUUUCUGAAUAGUCAAUGUUUAACAGAUGACAUAUCAAUAAAUAUGCAACACAGUGUU